GACCUACACUUGAAACGUCUUCCGCCUUUCUCCAGUUCUUAUCCUACGAAUGACAGUUGAUUUAUCGGCAUAUCUCGUACAGAUUGCAGAGGCUCUAGUCUCAGAAAAUGGACCCAACCUAGCAUACCUCCUUCGCCCUACCAGUCCACAUGGCAAAGAUCUUUGCAAGGAAUUCCGAAAUGCAUCGAAAGAAUCCAUAAAAGUUUACUGCGAAGGAAUGAUCGAAAGUCCAUGGGAUCUAAUUGCUAUGCAGUAUGUCUUAGUGACCUCUUGCAUCGUGAAGAAACGCCCAGGAGAAGCCUUCAAGGAGCAGGCUCAGCUUGUUACGUUAUUUCUUCGAUAUUUCACUCAGAACAGUGGUUGGACGUUGCCUGCCUUGUUUUCCAUCCUCAGAGAUUUGCGUGAUUUAGCCUUUGAUGCCGACUUUCAUGCAAAAUACAAUGGUCAAAAAAGCGAAUGCAUGGAGGAAGCUGCCAGAGUAAUUUCCAAGGCCUUUGGUAACUGUAUGACAGAUCGAACGUCACCACCAGGAGAAUCACGAAAGUGGGGUACAUACUAUGUCGUGGGCUUGGUGUUAAAAUGCUACUUUCGGGUCAAACUUAUCUCACUAUCGAAAAACAUACUUCGGGCGUUGAAUGCACAUCCAGAUCUCCCAUCUCUAUCGUCGUAUCCACGGUCUCAUCAAGUCACCUAUCGAUAUUACCUGGGCAUGCUAAGUUUCUUGAAUGAAGAUUAUGCAAAGUCUGAACAGGAACUAACUGUUGCUUUUUACCAUUGCCACACGGGUGCACAUAGUAAUCAAGAACGCAUAUUGACAUAUCUCAUCCCUUUGCGUAUACUACGAGGUCAUCUACCAUCUAGGGAAUUAAUGCAGCGCUUUCCAGUCCUUGAUGAACUCUUCACACCAUUCAUUGCCGCAAUUCGUGCCGGAGAUCCUUCUGCUUACGAUACAGCAUUAGAAAAAUGGGAACGUCGGCUUGUUGAUCUCAACUUAUGGCUCACCCUCGACAAUGCACGCGAGCUGUGUAUCAGAGGAGUAUUCCGGAAAACGUGGGUGGUCUCAGAAAAAAGCACGCGUAUUCCAAUAUCAAUGUUCCACUGCUCACUACGAAUAUCCGGCGUACACAUAUCGCAAGAGGAGGCAGAAUGUCUUGUUGCAAACAUGAUUUACAAAGGCUACAUGAGGGGAUAUAUAUCUCACGAAAAACAAAUGGUAGUGCUGGCGAGCACGAAUACCUUCCCGCGACUUGCGGACCGUCCGACCCCAUACGCUCUAUCUUAGACAUUUACUUGGUCCGCACAGCCUCGACGCUUUCUUAUUGAUGGUUUCCAUUAUUAUUAUCAUCUGUGUCCCGCUUUUUGGAAUUUUACAGCAAUUUUGAAACAAUGCUGUGCUGGAGAUGGGCUCUGAGGAGGAGCUCUGACCUCACUCACCUCGUGAUACGGUUCAAGGCUUUACUGUAUACUAUCCUAGUCGAACCUAGUCACUUCGCAUCAUUACAAGUAUUUAAAUGACGCAGACUCACCUGAUGUUCCAUCCGACUAUCGAUCUCAUUAGCAAUAUUAUCCUGUGCAACUGU